AUGGAUUGUUCUGUGCCCGACAAUUUUGGGUCUUCACAAAAGCUCAUGGAUUUAGCCCAACAGCUGCGCCAAUACAAGUCACCUCCAACACCAUUUGAUGAUGAUGAUGAUGACAACGAGGAACAAAAAGUGGAGGAGAGUGCAGGAAAAUUGGUUUCACAAUUGGGUUUCGCUGAAUCUGUGACCCCAGUUGCUCAACAGCCUCCUGAGAGGUUCAGACCUAAGAGAGCUGCAGUUCUCAUCUGUCUAUUUGAAGGGGAUUCUGGAGAGUUGAGAGUCAUUCUCACUAAGAGAUCGUCAAAACUUUCCACUCAUUCUGGCGAAGUUUCAUUGCCUGGAGGUAAGGCAGAGGAGACAGACGCCAAUGAUGCCGAGACAGCAACAAGGGAAGCAAAGGAAGAAAUCGGGCUGGAUCCUUCACUUGUAAAUGUUGUCACUUGCCUUGAACCGUUUUUGUCUAAGCAUCUCCUUAGAGUAAUUCCUGUUAUUGGCAUACUGUCCAACAAAGACUUUAAUCCCUGUCCGAAUGCUGCUGAGGUUGAAGAUGUAUUUGAUGCUCCCUUGGAAAUGUUUCUCAAGGAUGAAAAUCGAAGAUCAGAAGAAAGAGAGUGGAUGGGCGACAAGUAUUUGAUCCAUUUUUUUGACUAUGAAAUGAAUGAGAAAAAGUACCUGAUAUGGGGUUUAACUGCCGGAGUUUUGAUUAGGGCAGCAUCAAUUGUGUAUCAGAAGCCACCUGCUUUCCUGGAGCAAAAUCCCAAAUUCAAAGUUCCUAGGGUCGUGCAGAAUGAUACUAUAAUGCCUUAA